CGUAUUUUUACCGAAUAGCAACGGUCACUCUGUUUUGGCAAUAAAAAAACAAAUUCGAAAUGCCUGACGCUGUGGAAAAAAUGUUGGCGGGAAUGGCCACCAAUCGGCAGACCAUGAACCGUCAGUUGGCCAAGAUCGACGAGAUAAUGGAGCGGUCGAACAACACUUUGCUCCACAUCGAGUCCAACAGCAAGGCUCUCAGUCCGAAUGUGGCACCUGUGGAGUCCCAAAAGGUCUAUAACCUUCGCCCGGAGGCCGAGAUGGCCCUGUCCAAGAUCCUGGAGAACUUUAAGCUCCUGAUGCGGAGCAACGACCAGCGAGAGGAGGCCUUCAGCGCCCUGGACGGAUGCCUGGCCUACAGGCACCGAGUGGAGCACCUGGGCAGCUCCGUGCGCAAGCUGGUGGCCCUCUACGACACCGUCGGCCAGAUGAGGAGCUCCCAGGAGGAGCAAGAUCCCAGCGAGGACUCCCCCUAACUCGUCCAUAUGUGCUUAGAUGGGAUAGAUCAUCUCGGAGGACCCUUUUUCUUAUCUAGGAGCUUCUUAUGGUAUAUUUAAGCUAUAUAUAAUUGCCUUUGUAAUCUUUAAUUGUUAGAUUUGGAAGCAUACUGUGUUAGGAUUAUAGUUGUUGCUGUUGAUGCUAUGCCUGAAAACAGCAAAUAAACACGUAUGUACAUA